AAAGAAACACACACCGUGUCAAACUUCGCUGCAGAUAAAAACAUUUUAGUCCCUCAUUUUAUCCUUAAACAUACGCAUGCAUCUUUUUGCAGGGCUUUGGUUGUCUUUGCACCGGCUGUUGCUGCAGCCAAUCAGAUGUCAGUGCGUCACAGGCGCGCCUGUUGUAGGGCUCCACACACAUGCUUCUCUGUUGGGGAGGAGGGUUGUUUUAGUUUACCCACUCUCCAGCGGACAGUAUGAAGAACACGCUCACUAAAUAAUGCUGUUUCCUGCUCAAAAGAGUUUGGAUUCCUGAUGGCUGUGCAGAGGCAACAGGGGGAGACCCUCAUGGUGCACCAGGUGGAGGGUGCAGCAGGAGACAUGCAGGAGUUAACUGUGGAGAACGUGGAGGCAGCUCUCUGCCAGUUAUAUUUCCACCCAGACAUGGAGCGUAAGAAUGCGGCCCAGAAGUGGCUGACCCAAGCUCAGGGGUCUGCACAGGCGUGGCACUUCUGCUGGGCCCUGCUAGGCGCUGACAAGCUCCCAGAGGUCCAGUUCUUUGGUGCCUGCACCCUGCACACCAAGAUCUCCUCUCACUGGAGCGACCUGCCUGCAGGCCAGCAUGAACACCUUAGGGUGCAGCUCCUUUCCCAAAUCUUGCACUUCUCCUCCGGACCCAAAAUGGUCCUAACAAGGCUUUGUGUGGCUCUGUCCUCUAUGGCCCUGAACUUAAUCCCCCAUGUCUGGUCCCAGCCAGUCGCAGACAUGGUGCAAGCCUUCCAGCCUCAGAGUCCUCAAGGUGCAGAAGCUACCCAGGACCCUCAUGUGCACUGUCUGGCCCUGCUGGAGCUUCUGGUUGUUCUUCCAGAGGAGUUCCAGAGCAGCAGGCUGACUCAGACUCGACGUGCCCAGCUAAGGAAAGCCUUGGCUGGGGAGUGGACGACAGUGUGUCCCCUCUUGCGCCAGCUCCUCCAAAGCCAAGACUCGUCGACACAGGUGAAACAGAAGGUGCUCCGCUGCCUUUCCAGCUGGGUGGGACUUGACAUCCCACUUGGAGAGAGUCAUGAACUGGUCCAGGACUGUUUCACAACUUUGUCAAACCCUGAAUUGUUUGAUACUGCUGUUGAGACGAUUGUUAAUUCCGUCUCACAACCUGAUUGUCAGAGGUACAGCAACGCUCUCGUAAGCCUGUUGCCUCUGGUGAUGGGUCUCCAGGAUCAACUAAAGACGGCUGUUCAGGAGGGCGACAUGGAGACCACGCAUGGGAUCUGUCGCAUUGCUGUUGCUAUGGGAGAACCUCACUCCAGGGUUUUGCUGGAGCAAGUGGAUCACUGGCAGGAGUAUCUGGCCCUCGUCAACAUGAUCCUGUUCUGCACCGGGAUUCCUGGCCAGUACCCAGUGAGUGAGACAACCAGCUCCCUCACGCUCACCUUCUGGUACACUCUGCAGGAUGACAUCUUGUCGUUGGAGGAGGAGAAGCAGGCCAUUUAUCUGCAAGUCUACAGGCCGGUUUACUUCCAGCUAGUGGAUGUGUUGCUGCAUAAAUCACAUUACCCCUCCCAGGAAGAAUACGCAUCCUGGAGUUCUGAUGACAAGGAGCAGUUUAGAAUCUACAGGGUGGACAUAUCAGACACGUUGAUGUACGUCUAUGAAAUGUUGGGAACCGAGCUGCUCAGUAACCUUUAUGACCGCCUGGGAAGACAGCUGAUGGACCCCCAGCAGUCAACAGGGUGGCAGGACACAGAGGCGUUAUUAUUUGGCUUCCAGUCCAUUGCAGAAACCAUCGACGUGAACUACUCAGAUGUGAUCCCUGGUCUGAUUGGUCUCAUCCCCCGUAUCAACAUCAGUAACGUCAUGCUGGCCGACACGGUCAUGUACACAAUAGGGUCCUUGGCUGAGUGGCUGGUGGACCACCCAGUGAUGCUUGGCGGUAUGUUACCCAUGGUCCUCCAGGGUCUCGUGAGGCCCGAGCUCUCCGUCUCCAGCGUUUCUACCCUGAAGAGGAUCUGCAGGGAGUGUCGCCACGACCUCGGUCCUUACACUCAGGACAUCCUCAACGUGUCCCAGGAUGUGCUGGUUAAAGGGAUCCAUAAGAGCAGCCAGUGCAUGUGGCUCAUGCAGGCUCUGGGCUUCCUGCUGUCUGCCAUGCCCAUGGAAGAGAUUUUGGGAAAACUGCACUCACUUAUCAGCCCUCACGUCCAGCAGCUGGAGACCUUGGCACAACAAACGCCUGACCCUGACAAGAAACAGUCCAUCAUUCACGUCCUGGCAAUGCUGUCCAGCCUGUUCACCACUCUGGACACCAAAAUACACGCGGACGGUUUGGAAGGAACGCCUCACCUCCGACCCACAAACCACCCAGUGGUAGUUGUGCUCCAGCAACUGUACCCGUUGCUCCAGAAUAUUCUAAGUAAGUGGCUGGAGGACUCCGAGGUGGUGGAGGCGGUGUGCGGUGUGUUUGAUAAGUCCGUUCGGACCCUGCUCCUUGAAUUCGGGCCCUUGGUUGCCCAACUGAGUGGGACGUUGGGGCAGAUCUACGGCGCCUGCCCACAAGCCUCAGCGCUGAACCUGGCGUGUCAGAUGGUUGGCAUAUUUGCUGGAGAGGAACAACACAUCGGCUCCAUUAAAAGCCUGCUGGAGAUCCUCACCUCGUCCACUCUGACCAGGUUUCAGCAAGGUGUCAAUGAUGAUCCUGAUGUCGCGGAGUCCUUCAUGUGUCUUCACGUUCAGGUUCUGAAAAGAAGACCGGAUGUGUAUAUGUCUGCCCAUCUGGAUGUGGAAGCUCUUUUUUACUGUGGAAUUCUGGCGCUUAAACUUCCAGAAACAAGCACAGUAAAAGCUGCCAGCCUCUUCUUUACAGAGUUGUUACCUUGCUGUAAAAAUGUGUCUCCUCUUGGUGACGUGCUGCAGGGACAUGGGAAGGUCCUUACAGAGGCUGUUUUGCAGGCAGUGGGUGGUGGGUCUCCUCGCAGUCUGAACGAGUAUUUCUCUGAGGUGCUGCUGAGCCUGAGUGGACACUGUCCAGCUCUGCUUUCCCGAUGGCUUAAAGAAUGUCUCCAGUCAGAGGGAUUCCCCUCAGCGCACGUCAGCGCAGAUCAGAAACUCACCUUUACGCAGCAGCUUCUCAGGGAACAAAGCAACAGGCGUCGCGUUAAGGAGAUUGUGAAGGAGUUUUCUCUACUUUGCAGAGGCCUGCAGGGGUCCGGACACUCAGAUUACUAGACUACUUUUUUCCCCAGGAGCUUUAAACUACACACAAAAAAAAAGAGAAGAAGAAAGCGUGGACUUUAUUGUAAGUUUUGAGCAUGUGUUUUGUUGUUGUUGUUUUAUAAACUAGUCCAAACUACACUCCCCAACAAAAAAAGACACACAGUCAAGUCAGACUUUUCGGAUUCUUUUAAAAAUGUGCCGCGAUUACAUGAUAUAUUUCUUGAACAAACAUUAACAUACACAUAUAUAUAUAUAUAUAUAUAUAUAUAUAUAUAUAUAUAUAUAUAUAUAUAUAUAUAUAUAUAUAUAUAUUUAUAUAUAUAUAUAUAUUUCUGAUAAUGAAACACUUCAACAACAACAAAAAAUAUAUCAUGAUUACAUGAUUUUUGUUGACGGAUGACAUCAUUAAUGAGGGGGUACAGCGGGUACCACUGUAAUUUUUUUUCCUCCCUUACUUAAACGUGAGUGAAGUAUCCACUAUUGACCUGAUGUGACCGAAAGAAAAAGAGACACCUUGUGGUUGUUUGAGCACACUGCAGCUCGUCCUGGAUAGUCCCACUCCUUAACGCCUCAGUCACACGCAGGAUUCUCACAGGAUUGAGGCAAAAAUACAGUCAUACCUACUUUAGAGAGCUUGAAGUGCAUAUUGUUGGUUUAAGAAUACAAAAAUAAAAAAGUGUUGUGUUGGGAGUAGUGUGCUGCUGAAGCUUAUCG